CCUCCGGAUGCUCCCUUAUAUUAUUCCUGUUUGUGUUAUGGCCCAGGGUUUCUAAACUUCUCUCUUACCCCUUAUCCGACCCUUCUCCUCUCAAUCAAGCUUCCGAUUGAAAUCCCGUGAGUUGCGUGCUCUCGAUCCGGCAAUGCUUCUCUCACAGACCCGCGGGCGUAUGCCCGCCGCUCUCCGGAGCCUCAGCCAGCGCUCUUUGAACAGCCGCUCGCUGUCUACCACCCUUCCUAGACACCAGAAUGCCGACGACAAGGAUGCCGGCCUCAACAAGGUCUCCCGCCAUAUCACCCAGCCCAUCUCGCAGGGUGCCUCCCAGGCGAUGUUGUACGCCACUGGUCUCAGCGAGGCGGACAUGAACAAGGCUCAGGUUGGAAUUUCGUCCGUGUGGUACAACGGUAACCCCUGCAACAUGCACCUGAUGGACCUGAACAACCGCGUCCGUGAGGGUGUCCAGAAGGCCGGACUGGUCGGGUUCCAAUUCAACACCGUCGGUGUCAGUGACGGCAUCAGUAUGGGUACCAAGGGUAUGCGCUUCUCCCUGCAGAGCCGUGACCUGAUUGCGGAUUCCAUCGAGACGGUCAUGGGCGGUCAGUGGUAUGACGCCAACAUCAGCAUUCCCGGCUGUGACAAGAACAUGCCUGGUGUGUUGAUGGCGAUGGGCAGAGUCAACCGGCCCAGUUUGAUGGUCUACGGAGGUACCAUCAAGCCCGGUUGCGCCUCGAUGCAGAACAACGCGGAUAUCGACAUUGUCUCCGCCUUCCAGGCCUACGGACAGUUCUUGAGCAAGGAGAUCACCGAGCCCGAGCGCUUUGACAUCAUCCGCAACGCCUGCCCUGGUGGCGGUGCUUGCGGUGGUAUGUACACUGCCAACACCAUGGCCACCGCCAUCGAAGUUAUGGGUAUGACCCUGACCGGUUCCUCUUCCAACCCUGCCGAGUCCCAGGCCAAGUACCUUGAGUGUCUCGCAGCCGGUGAGGCCAUCAAGACCCUUCUCAAGGAGGACAUCCGCCCCCGCGACAUCCUGACCCGCCAGGCUUUCGAGAACGCCAUGAUUGUCGUCAACAUCACCGGUGGUUCCACCAACGCUGUUCUUCACUUGAUCGCCAUCGCGGACUCCGUCGGCAUCAAGCUCGACAUCGAGGAUUUCCAGGCUGUUUCCGACCGCACACCCUUCCUGGCCGACUUGAAGCCUUCUGGCAAGUACGUCAUGGCCGAUCUGCACAACAUUGGUGGUACUCCUUCCCUGCUGAAGUUCCUGCUCAAGGAGGGUAUCAUUGAUGGUUCCGGUAUGACUGUUACCGGUCAGACCCUGGCCAAGAACUUGGAGAAGGUUCCCGACUUCCCCGAGGACCAGAAGAUCAUCCGUCCCUUGUCCAACCCCAUCAAGCCCACCGGUCACAUCCAGAUCUUGAAGGGUUCUCUGGCCCCUGGUGGCAGUGUUGGCAAGAUCACCGGUAAGGAGGGUCUCGUCUUCACCGGUAAGGCGCGCGUCUUCGAUGAGGAGGACGACUUCAUUGCCGCCCUCGAGCGCAAUGAGAUCAAGAAGGAGGAUAAGACCGUUGUUGUCAUCCGCUACUGCGGUCCCAAGGGAGGCCCCGGCAUGCCUGAAAUGCUGAAGCCCUCUUCCGCCCUGAUGGGAGCCGGUCUCGGUAACUCCUGCGCCCUGAUCACCGACGGACGCUUCUCCGGCGGUUCCCACGGAUUCCUCAUCGGCCACAUCGUCCCCGAGGCCGCCGUCGGCGGUCCCAUCGGUCUGGUCAAGGACGGCGAUGUGAUCACCAUCGACGCUGAGAAGCGUGUCCUCGAUCUUGAUGUCGACGAGACAGAGCUGGCCUCGAGAAGACAGCAGUGGGAGGCUGAUAAGACUGCCGGCAAGUUGCCUCCUACAGGUCUGACCCUCCGCGGAACUCUUGGCAAGUACGCUAGACUGGUCAAGGACGCCAGCCACGGCUGUAUCACCGAUGCCCUCGACUAAACACCACGCCGUGGGCUGUAACAUUUAUCCUAACUACCCCCCCCCCCCCC